AUCAUUAGCAUCAAAAACCAUAUCGCCCAUCUUCCCCCCCUCCCUCUCAUUAAAAAAGCAGACACAUCUCCCAAAAUUGUUACGAUUGAUUGAUUAGUGUGUGUGUGUGUGUGGAUAAUGGCGGAAGAGUAUAGGGAGUGUUUGCUGGAGAACAAUAAGUACCAUGAGGAUUGUCCUGGCUGCAAGGUUGAUCGGAUGAAGAGCCUUCGCCGUGGCUUCCCUUUCUGGGAGCUUUUCACCGUUUGGAUCAUCGUCCUCUGCACUGCUCUACCAAUUUCUUCUCUUUUCCCUUUCCUCUACUUCAUGAUUGAUGAUUUUGACAUAGCAAAGAAGGAAGAAGACAUUGGUUUCUACGCUGGAUUUGUUGGUUGCUCUUUCAUGCUCGGACGAGCUUUGACCUCUGUGAUCUGGGGAAUUGUUGCUGAUCGUUAUGGUAGAAAGCCUGUUAUCCUUAUUGGAACCGCUUCAGUUGUCGUUUUCAAUACUCUCUUUGGCCUAAGUUUAAAUUUCUGGAUGGCCAUCAUCACAAGGUUUUGUCUCGGUAGUUUCAACGGUUUACUUGGUCCUAUCAAGGCAUACGCAGUAGAAACAUUCCGUGAUGAGUACCAAGGUUUAGCACUCUCAGCUGUUAGUACAGCAUGGGGAAUUGGACUCAUCAUCGGCCCUGCUAUAGGAGGUUUUCUUGCUCAGCCUGCAAAGCAAUAUCCAAGUUUAUUCUCACAUGACUCGAUUUUUGGAAGAUUCCCCUACUUUUUGCCGUGCUUUGCAAUAUCCAUUUUUGCAUUCUUGGUGACACUAAUUACAUUAUGGAUUCCGGAAACAUUGCACAAUCACAAGUUUGAUGAUGAGCAGUCUUAUGAUGAUGUUAAAGUUUUGUCUCAUGACCCUGAAUCUAAUGAAGUGGCAGAGAGAAAUGAAAAAAGUUCUCUCUUGAACAACUGGCCUCUAAUUUCAUCUAUAAUCGUCUACUGCAUCUUUUCACUUCAUGAUAUGGCUUACUCAGAGAUCUUUUCAUUGUGGGCAAACAGCCCGAGGAAAUAUGGAGGUUUGGGAUACACCACUGCAGAUGUUGGUUCUGUUCUUGCAAUUUCAGGCUUUGGUCUCCUUAUCUUUCAGCUUUCGCUCUACUCUUAUGCGGAGAGGCUUUUAGGACCUAUCAUAGUUACACGUAUAUCUGGGAGUCUGGCUUUAGUUCUCUUAUCAACUUACCCACUAAUAGCAAAAUUAUCUGGUGUCGCCCUUACCCUGACAUUAAACUCUGCAUCCGUAGCAAAGACUGUUUUAAGCACUUCAGCUAUAACUGGAUUGUUCAUCCUUCAAAACAGGGCUGUGAGACAAGACCAAAGAGGAGCAGCUAAUGGGAUUGCCAUGACAGGGAUGUCGUUUUUCAAAGCAAUAGGUCCAGCAGCAGCAGGAAUCAUUUUUUCGUGGAGCGAGAAACGUCAGGAUGCUUCAUUUCUCCCUGGCACCCAAAUGGUAUUCUUUAUACUGAAUGUGGUAUUGGCACUCGGAGUUCUAAUGACGUUCAAACCGUUUUUAGCUGAAACACAACAUUAAGAAGCAUUGAAGGUGUUGGAUCAAAUGACAAGACUGGACUGUUGUAUCUUAAUGUAUUUUGUCUGAUGCCAGAGUUAGAUCAGAGAUGUGUUUAAAACAUGGCACAGGGGAAAACAAAAACAAAAAAACUUGUUAGAAUGUUGUCAUCAUCCCCUAUAUAUAUACAUAUAUUGGACAAGUUGU